AUGUCAUUAGUCGGUCGUAAGCUAGCUGUCGUAUCGGCAAAGUGCAGGGCGCAAGCAUCGGGCAAGCUUCCAGGGACGGAACGACUCUUCAAGUCUGUGGCCGCUUCCCAGCAGGAAUCAUCGUCGACUCCUACACAUAUUGCUGCUUCAGGCCAAUCACUGCUCCACCGAUCCGCCAAAGGUGGACACUUUCAGACAAGCAGAAUAGCUCACGCUUCUCCUAGUACUUCGCCAAUCUAUGAGACCACGACCAAUGCCACGACUACAUCUGGUUGGGAUCCUCAGGCCUUCGAUGUAUCCUUACUCUGGCUCAGAGACCUCUGCGAAUGCUCACGCUGUGUCGACCCUUCGACUAAACAGAAACUCUUCUCCACCGUGGACAUACCGCCCAACAUUCAAGGCACCCGGUUGCCCAGCUCCGAUGAUGCAAAGAUCACACUGCGCUGGACAAAUGACAUUGUGGGCUAUGGAAACGAUCAUGUAACUACACUAUCUACUGAAAUGUACAGUCAGAACAGCCGCAAUUCAUCUGGAGGUCCACUCUUUGACAUCCCAGCACGCAAUCUCUGGCUCGCGCAACACUUCCGUGCUAAGUGUGAAGACAUGGAUUACGAGCACUACAUGCAGUCCGAUCACAGUGUCCUUCAGGCACUACAACAACUACAUACCCACGGUCUCCUCUUCCUGACCAACGUCCCGGACUCGGAGAAAUCAGUCUCUGCCAUCGUCGAGCGCAUUGGUCCGCUGAAGAACACCUUCUACGGCUCGACCUGGGAUGUCCGCUCCGUUCCCGAGGCCAAGAAUGUGGCGUACACCGCGCAGGAUCUGGGGUUUCAUAUGGAUCUGAUGUAUAUGCAGCAGCCACCCCAUUUGCAGUUCUUGCACUGUAUCCGCUCAUCUGCUGCUGGUGGAGCGAGUCUGUUCACCGACAGCUUCAGAGCGGCUAGGGACCUCUGGGUCGAUGAUCCUGAUUCUGUAAGAAAUCUUGCACAGCUGCCGGUCAAUUUCCACUAUAAUCAUCCUGAAUUGCAUUAUUAUCACCAAUCCCGGAGAGUCGUGGAGUUGAAGGAUGGUGCUAGUCUGGACUCCCUGCCGUCUGGUGAACAAGGAGCCAAGAUGCUUGCGGAUGCUAUACGCAAUGUAUCGUGGGCGCCUCCUUUCCAGGCACCUUUCAUCAACCCGAACGCUAAAAAGCUUGAAGAGAUCUCUGGUGAGACGCUGAUUCGCUGGCAUGCUGCCGCGCGCAAGUUUAGUGAAGCUGUUCAUCAGCCAGCUGGUAUUUAUGAGCGGAUGAUGAGGCCUGGUGAGUGCGUUAUCUUCGACAACCGCCGUGUACUGCACGCGAGGCGAGCUUUUGAGGUUGGAGACGCUGGGAAGGAGAGGUGGCUGCGAGGCGCUUAUAUGGAUGAGGAUCCCUUCUUGAGCAAGACGAAGGUUAUGCAGAAGCUUCAGGCGACUGUUUGA